CUUUACCAAUCAAUACGACGUCGUUCCCAUUGCCUAGACCAUCCUGACACGUCCUCUCUUUUCUGGCGGCACUACUUCCCCAUUUCCCAGAAUUCCUGUAUAAGCGAAUCCUCUCUCUCUGCGGCGGAAUAUAAUAUACGCUUUGAACUCAGGAGAGGAAAGGAGAAAAGAGACCAUGGGAGCGUUUUGCAACGACGACAUUGCGUUCUCGAAUUUCAAUUUUGACUCAUUUCAAGAUCUGAGGUCUUCCAAGCACGUCUAUGACAAUGUCCAUGGCAACAUUUACCUCGGCCCGCUCUUUUUGAAAUUUAUCGACACUGAGCAAUUUCAAAGGCUGCGAGAUCUUAAACAACUUGGUAUGGCACAUAUGGUUUAUCCAGGAGCAGUGCACUCCAGAUAUGAACAUUCUCUUGGAGUGUAUUGGCUUGCGGGUGAAGCUGUUCAUAAACUUAAGAACAGCCACGGCUUAGAGCAUGGUAUCGAUCACUUCGAUGUACAAACAGUGAAACUUGCUGGGCUUUUGCAUGAUGUAGGCCAUGGGCCUUUUAGCCACUUGUUUGAACGCGAGUUUCUUCCUAUGGUUCAUAAGGGAUCAGAAUGGUCUCAUGAGCAAAUGUCUGUAGACAUGGUGGAUCAUAUUGUUGAUGAGCAUCAUAUUGAAAUAGAAUCUGAGGCUUUAAAAAGAGUAAAGGAAAUGAUACUUGCUAGUUCGAAAUAUGCUACGACCAAAAGCACAAGGGAAAAGCAUUUUCUGUAUGAUAUUGUGGCAAAUGGUCGAAAUGGUAUUGAUGUUGACAAGUUUGAUUACAUUGUGCGUGAUAGCCGAGCAUGUGGCCUAGGAUGCAACUUUCAGUUUCAAAGGUUGAUGGAAACAAUGAGAGUCAUGGGAGAUGAGAUAUGCUAUCGGGCCAAAGAUUAUCUUACAAUCCACAAGUUAUUUGCCACUCGAGCUGAUCUAUACAGGACAGUCUACACUCAUGCAAAAGUAAAGGCAAUUGAGUUUAUGGUUGUAGAUGCCUUGCUGAAUGCAAAUAAUUACCUAGAGAUUGCAUCUCAUAUAUAUGAUCCUUCACAAUAUUGGAAGUUAGAUGACACAAUAAUCAAAACUAUCGAGACAGCUCCAGACCAUGAAUUAAAGGAAUCUAGGGACUUGAUCCUUCGCAUUCGCCGGAGAGAUUUAUAUCAGUUUUGUAAUGAGUAUGCUGUUCCCAAGGAUCAACUAGACAAUUUUAAGGAUGUCACUGCACAAGAUAUCGUUUGUUCACAGAAAAGUGGUGGAGUGGCACUUAAAGAAGAGGAUGUUGCAGUUAGCAAUGUCCGGAUAGAUUUGACUCGUGGAAAGCAUAAUCCUCUUGAAAGCAUCAAGUUUUUCAAGGAUUACGAGAGUGACGAGAAAUUAUCUAUAACCGAUGAUCGCAUCAGCCACUUGCUUCCAACAUCUUACCAAGACAUGAUUGUGCGAGUGUACUCUAAGAAGCCUGAACUGGUUGGAGCAAUUUCUGAGGCUUUCGAGAAUUUUCAGUUGAAGACUUAUGGGAUCAAAGCACAAGUACACUCCACACCAGAUAAGAAAAAACGCCGGAUUUGUUAGCAUGCAUCUUGUGCAUUUCUUCCCUUCUAUCGUUCGUUCUUUUUAUGUACCAGUAUUUACAAUAGUUACAUCCUUGGGCCAAUACCAAACCUUCCAAGUAGACUACUCUAGUAUUAAUUCCUUUCAACAUCUUGAAUCACAUAUGCAAAGCCUCUGUGAUUGCAUUCUUGCUCGAGGACCUUGUUUUAAAAUGUGAAGUGCUGACUCUGGUAGUAAUAUCCAUAUACUGAACUUCAUGAUAUCUCUUACAUGGAAAUGAUUAAUACAUGCGGUUGUUCCUGUUAAAA